AUGGACGCUGACAAUACCAUUAUCUAUGUUAAAGUCAGUGGUAGAGAUCGGGAAGGAUUUGUAGAGCCACCAAAGUUUCAUUGGGAUCUGGAGAAGGACCAGAAGCUGUGGUUGAAGAUAUCACGAUUUGGCAACAAGAAGAGCAUCGAUUGGGUGAAACUGAGCCGGGAGUUCGAAACUCCGGAGUUUUUCCUGCGAAAGAGAAGCUAUAGGCUGUUUGCAAAGCAUUUGCGGAUGCUAGAGCACGAAAUUGAGACCAAGACUCGCGGAUUGGACGUGGGACAAGAAUUGGAAGUGGAAGAGGAUGACGACGACGGCGAUGACCUGAGGGAAAAUACAAGUAGCCAAGAUGGAGAGUCAAAAGCAAAGGAAGAAGAAGAAAAUGGAACUCCAGAGGGUGUCAAGAAUCUAAGGUGGUCCAGGAUCUUAAAUCAGAAGAUUCCAGGAGAUGGGAAGGCUCAACCAGAUUCGUCUUUAAGCGAGCUAUCGAACUUGAGCGUUAGUAAGUCUGCAUUAGAGGAAGCACUCUUGGAUAGACUGCAACUAUAA